GUUGCGCCGCGCCAGCAGACAGCAAGACCCGACCCUGGGAAUAAAAAAACACACGCAGCACCAGUCUGUUUGAAGAUUAUUUUAUUGCAGCGAGGUAGGGCAGUUCAGUGAAUUUCUCCAUGAAUGUACGUCACAAUGAUGAUGACAGACCAGAUUCCACUGGACUUGGCUCCGCCCCCCCUCCUGAACGGGGAGGUCCCCCUCAUGCCUCACAUGGUUAACGGGGACGCUGCGCAGCAGUUGGUACAGGUGAUCCUGGUGCAGGUGAACCCGGGGGAGACGUUCACCAUCCGGGCAGAGGACGGCUCACUGCAAUGCAUCCAGGGUCCUGCCGAGGUUCCGAUGAUGUCCCCAAAUGGGUCAAUCCCCCCCAUCCACGUUCCCCCAGGAUACAUCUCACAGGUGCUGGAAGACACCACAGGGGUCCGCCGGGUGGUGGUGACCCCCCAGUCUCCAGAGUGCUACCCUCCCUCCUACUCUCCGGCCCUCUCCCCCACACACCACCUGCCCCCCUACCUGCCUCACCCUCACUUCAUCCCCAACUCUCACUCUUUCUACCCCCCUGUCAGCCCCGGGGAGCUGCCCCACCAGUACUACCAGCACCACCUUCCCCCCAUGUACGACCCAGAAAUCAUCCCAGUUUAUGGGAUGUCUAACUACAUAGGCAGAGAGGAGACGUACAGUAAGCCACAGCCCAAAAAGAUAAAGGAACAGAGACAACUAGAGCGACAGAACCGACUCAACUCCCCUCCCUCCACUCUCUAUAAGGGCAGCCUGGGGCCAGCACACAACGGAUACAGCAACAAAUCACACGCCCCGUCGCUCGGGUCAGUGGGGUCAGGGGGUGGACUCUGCAGUCCAGGAGGGAAGAAGCCGGAGAGACGACUCCGCAGCAGUCCACGAAACAGUGAACCAGAGACACACACACAAGAUCAUGAUUCAGAGGGGAAGCGACUUCAAGACAUGCUGUCUACAAUCGACAAACCACAGGUUUCCAAUGUGCAGGCGCGGGCUGCACGGCUGUCCUGGGCCCCCCCGGCAGGGCUGGUGAACAGGCAUAGUAACGGGAUGCCUGUGUCCUGCUCCUACGAGGUCUACCUCACAGAUAAAGGACGAGACGGAAAGUAUCGUCUCAUAUACAGUGGCGAAGAAUUGGAGUAUCAUCUGAAAGACCUAAGGCCGGACACAGACUACCACGUACGGGUGUCGGUGAUGUACAACUCAGUCCGAGGCUCGUGUUCGGAGGCGGGCUCGUUCAAAACACACUGCAGCAUUGCCGACAUCCCGUUAACCCCCAAACUCUCCCACCGCACCAAGAGCACCCUCACCCUACAGUGGAAGCCCCCAGGCGACAACGGAUCCAAAAUCACAAACUACCUGCUCGAGUGGGAUGAGGGAAAGAAGAACAGUGUUUUCAGAGAAUGUUACUUUGGGAGCCAGAGACACUGUAAGCUGACGCGACUGUUCCCCGCCUGUGGCUACACGUUCAGAGUGGCUGCGCACAAUGACAUCGGCACAAGCGGCUUCAGCACAGAGGUGGUGUUUUACACCAUGGGCACCCUGCCCGCUCUGCCGCUGGCGCCACGGCUGGUCAGGGCGGGGGUGUCCUGGGUGACCCUGGAGUGGGGGCGUCCCGAGGGCAGUCCGAGCGAGGAGCAGCUCAAAUACACACUCGAGAUCCAGGAGGACAACAGCGGAACAGACUUUCAUCCAAAGUACACUGGAGAAAACUUGACCUGUACUGUACAAGGCCUGAAGAGGAGUACACAGUAUAAAUUCAGGCUCAUAGCAUCGAACAUGGAGGGAAAGAGCAGUCCCAGUGAAGUGUUGGUGUGCACCACCAAUCCAGACAAACCAGGCCCUCCAUCUACACCCUGUGUCACCGCGGCGACACCCUACGGAUUCACCGUCUCAUGGGAUCCUCCCCAGGACAACGGGGGCUCUGAGGCUCUGACGUACCUGCUAGAGAUCUCGGAGGGAUGCUCUGAAGCGAGCCAGUGGGAGGUAGCGUACAGCGGUCCAGCAACAGAAUGUGUGUGUGAGCGUCUGACACCUGGGACCUUCUACCGCCUACGUGUGUGUAGCAUCACCACCGGAGGACACAGCCCGUGCACCGGUAGUGUUCCGGUCCGCACAUUAAGCGUCCCACCAGGACCUUGCCCGCCGCCAAGGAUUGUGGGUAAAGCCAAACACAAGGAAGUGCAGUUAGAAUGGGAGCCCGCUGUCUCUGAGGGAGUGUGUGAGGAGUGUGUGUUCAGUCUGGAGAUGAGUGAGGGGGACACAAAGCCAGCAGAGGUCUACCACGGGUCGGAGCUGCAAUGCACUGUGGGUAGUCUGCUACCUGGUGCCACAUACAGAUUCCAACUGCGGGCUGCCAACGAGGCCGGGUUCGGAGUGUACUCUGAGCCGACAGAGGUGACGACUGCGGCGGGCCCUCCUGGCCAGUGCGGGGCGCCACUCAUCACUCUCACCAGUAACACCUGCGUAACGCUCAACUGGGAGAGUCCUGAGGGUUCGGGUACAGACAUCUCUGAGUAUCGUUUGGAGUGGGCGAGGGAAGACGAACCCAUGGAGCUCAUCUACUGUGGAGCCGCCACACAGUGUGAACUGUCUGACCUGACGCCUGCCACCGAUUUCUGCUGCAGGCUACAGGCGGUGAAUCAGGCGGGCGCUGGUCCGUACAGCGAGCAGGUGAGUUUCAGGACCCCGGCGACCAAUCCCGACCCGGUCUCCUCCCUCGCCCUCCUGGACCUCCCGACCUCCUCGGAGUCGGGCCAAUCCCCGUCUACCUGCCUCCUCCUGAAGUGGGACGAGCCGAACAGCAACGGGGCGGAGAUCGCCUCCUACGUCAUCACCCUGGACGACCAAACCAUCACCGUGGAGUCAGUGACGAGUCACCUUGUCACGGACCUGCAGCCAGACAGCGAAUACAGUGUACAUAUCCAGGCAGUGAACGCCAUCGGCUCCAGUCCCUUGAGUCCACCCCUGCUGGCGAGGACACGCCCCCUCCCUCCGGCCCCGCCCCCUCUGGAAUGCUCGGCGGCCGGCCCUCAGAGCCUGAAGCUGAAGUGGGGCGAGAACGCCAGCAACACGCACACCCGCGCCCUGCUCACCGACGACAUGGUCUACACACUACAGAUGGAGGACAAGAACCACAGGUUCGUGACGAUCUACCGCGGUCCCAGCCACACCUACAAAGUCCAGCGAUUGACCGAGUCCAGCAGCUACAGCUACAGAAUACAGGCCAUCAGCGACGCUGGGGAGGGUCCGUUCUCCGACACGCACACUUUCUGCACCACCAAGUCCGUACCCCCGGCCAUCAAAGCUCCCAGGGUGCACCAGCUGGAGGGGAACAUGUGUGAGAUCACAUGGGAGACUAUCGCACCAAUGAGAGGAGAUCCUGUGAGCUAUGUGCUCCAGGUGCUGGUGGGACGCGAGUCAGAAUACAAACAGGUUUUUAAGGGAGAGGAGGGCGUGUUCCAAAUCUCUGGUCUCCAGGGCAACACAGACUAUCGUUUCCGCGUGGGCGCCUGCCGCCGUUGCCAGGAUACGUGCCAGGAGCUGUGCGGACCACUGAGCCCCUCCUCCUUGUUCACGCUGCGUCGCCAGGAGACGGCGUCUUCUUCAGAGCUGUGCGCCGUGGACACGGGCAAAGGCGCGGGGCUGAUCUCCAGCGACGAGCGCUUCGCCGCGCUCAUCGUGUGCGUGUUCGCGGGCUUCUCCAUCCUCAUCGCCUGCUUGCUACAGUACUUCUUCAUGAAGUGAGGGAAUUUUAACUAUAGGAUAGAAAGAGAAAGCAAAAUCACAGAGAAACUUUUUAAAAAAAAAAACGUCUAUGAAAGAACCGAAUGAAAUCAAAACAAACACUUGAUGUACUUCUAAGGCGAUGUAUGUUUUUUAGUCAAAGUAUCGAUUCUGGCUUUCCUCACCUUGUUCCUGUUGUCUUCUGCCUUCACUCAGUUCGGUCUCAUUUCUCUCUACGUCUCUGUCGUCUUUGUGUCAUCGUCUGUCUCAUUUGUUGAGGAUUUCUGUCGGGGGAAGCCGUGUCUUAGCUGUACCCCGGUUGGGAAAGAAAACUGAUAAUCAAGCCUUAAAAUAGCUGUGAGCAAAGCAGUUGCUCCUCAGACUGACUUGCAUGUUUUUUUGUUUUUUUUAUUUUGUAUCUUUUUAAAAACAUAUUUGAUUAGAGAACGUGUAUAUUUCUUGACGGUCAUUGCCUUACUUUUUGUUUUUUAAAUGUUAAAUUUUUUUUUUUUUGCUGCAGUCUUUAUUCAUUUCAGCCAUAUUCCAAUGUAGGCCUACAAAGCUUUAGCCGUUCAUACCUUAUUAUUCAGUUUGUUACUACUAUACAGACUCAGUCGGUCGAUUCAUGCAAUUCAGUCGAUUCAUAUCUGCUCAGCUUUUAACAUUCAAUCACGCACUCAUUCAGCUACCAAAGUGAUGCAAUCCAUGUGUGGUGUAAGAUGCUGCUAUCCUGUGAUUUUAUUAUAUCUAAGAAAGAAUGGAAAACCAGUAAUCUAAUAUAUAUAUAUAUAUAUACACACAAUAUAUAUAUAUAUAUAAAUAUAUAUAUAUAUUAUAACAAAUAUCUAUGAUGCUAUAAAAGUGAUGUAAUAUAAGUGAUGGCAAUGUAAGGUCUGAAGUACAGUGUGAAAGGAGGAGGAGGCGACUCUAGGUGCUCACAAACCGCAGCUCAAAGAAGGAGCCUUUAAACACUGAUCUCGGAUCAGAUUAUGAACCCUUGUAGUUAUUCGAAUGUCGGGCGUAAACUGGCGCUAGCGUGUAGGAAGCCGGGCUGGGGGAUUGUGAUUGGCUGCGACUUAAACGGGAAAGGGAUUUAGCUGUCGGUCCUUCCUCGUAUUCUACCAUCUCAAGUACCAUCGCUCCAGCCUGUUUAUCUGUAGCUUUAGUAGCGAUACGCCCGUUAGACCCAGAGGUGCUAACAGCUCGCCAGCUUGCCGCGCUUCUCAGAGCUCUUGUGUGUUAACCAGGAAAGCCAUUAGGAGUUAGCUUGAGCUUUACCACCCCCCCCCCCCCCCUCCCACACCUCCUCCAGCCAGCCGCCAGCCAGAGCAGCGCUGCAGCUUCUCCUUCCAGCUUGCCUGUGAAUCAAUACAUCUGAAGACUCGUCUCCUCUUUUUCUGCCCAUAAUGAUGAUGAUAAUGAUCCGUAAUUACCUUUCGCUCUGGCUGCUCUUCUCUUGCUUUCGAUCCAUCCCAUCUUCUCUACCCAUGCACUACUCCCCCUCUCCCUCUCUCCAUCUCUCUCUCUCUCUAUUAAAAGGUGCUUUAUUGACAUGUAAUCAGAGCAGUAGCAAGUCUGUGGUCUCUCCUCAGACGGACAUGUUCUCUGGGGACUUGAACUAAUCAUGUUCACUAACCAAACAAGCCUUUGACAGAACUCAACAGAACAGGGCAUUCUGACACACGUAACACCCCCACCUGACCUCCCGCCUGAACUAUCCCAAACCCCGACAAACACAAAGCCAAGGUACAGCCCAAUACAUACCCUGAUGAUCCAAAGAAGUCACCCUGACCAGGUGGGGUGCAGGGGAAGAAGGAUUGGGUGGGAAGGGGGGAGUAUGGAAGAGUGGCGGUGCUGUAGUUUAGCGCCGCCGGGCCAGCUCUGAUUGGCAGCCUGUAACGUACCUCAGGGAUAAGGCCUUACAGAGGGGAGAUCUGAUCCUGUCAACCCCACCGCUGUCAUCUUCGUCAUCAUAUUAGCCUCUGUUUCUCUCCGUCUUCCUCCCUCUCUUCUUUUUCUCUUAUUUUUUUAUGCUGUAUCUUGUCCUCUUGUCGAUGCUGUGCCUUGCUUCUGUAUGUGUCAGUAAGCAAAGUGGUUUACUAGCUCAAAAAUACCUUUGCCAAAGUUGAUGGGAAAGUUAAGGUAGAGUUCUUUUCUAGGUUUUAUUUAUACUAUAUAUUUGCAUACAGUACUUUACAUGCCAAUUACAGUGCAAUCUUCAUUUAUUUAUUGUUUAAAGAUUAAGAGACAAGUGUAGUUAUAUACUAAUUUUUUUUUUCCUUGUAGCAUGUUUUUUUUUUUCUUUUUAAAUUUUUUUUUUUUAAUGGAUGUACGUUAGAUUGUAUGAUUAAGGCCAGCAUUCCUUAUCUCAGUAACCCUUUAAGUAUUUCUCUUACAGCUGUUGGGAACCUGUAGCUCAUCAGUCCAUGCAUUGCAGUUAUCAUUGCCGUUUCAAACAUGUAACCAAAUGUAUUUUUAUUUUUUUCUCAUCUCCUGUCGCGGCCGUGCACAGCCGAGCAGUUCUUGUAACGCUUAGAGAGACAUGUAGCAAAGCGAGGCCUUAUAGGGUCGGUUCAAGUCAUCUGUAUUGGGAUAAACGUCGCUGCCUUUGGCUUUUUUAUUUUUAUUUUCCUGAUUAGUGUUAUAAUGAAGCUUCUGAUAUCUUUUUACUGUUUUAUUGCCAAAGCGCAGGCUUCUCGUGUCCACUAGAUGUCGCGUUCGCAGUCGUCUAAAGGGUUCUGUGAUGUUCUUCUGUAACGACACAGCAUUAUUAUUAUUGUUAUUAUUAUUCUCUCAAAAGGAAAAAAAAAAAAACAUUAACUUGAUCUGUGAUUAUGCUUCUUUUCAUAUUAUCUUUUUAUUAUUUUGUAAAGCAAAAUGUGCCAUUUUAUUGAAAUGUGUAGCCCCUUUCGAAGGAGAGUUUUUAACACAACCUGAUUUCACACUGAAAGGCAAAAACAAUCAUAUGAUGAUGAUUUCAGGCAGAUGAUGACAAUAAUAAUAUUGACGAUUCCUUGAUCGGGCUAGUGCUGGUAUAGCAGUAGUUAGUAUUUUGUAUCCAGUAUUUUGCUAAGAGAUGAUAUACAGAGAUAUCUAUAGAGCUAUAGAAUGAGAUGGUAAUACAUUAUGACUAACAGAGUUGAAGCACUUUUUUUAUGCCGAGCAUUAGUCUUGAUGAGGUUAAUAAGAGCGGGAGGAGACGUCGCUCUGUUCCAAACACUACUGCCAACGCCGUCUGUUACAUUCAUUGGCAUUAUUCUGUCGUUGGCGUCACUGUGACAUUGGCAUUACCGGAGCACGGCUCCGCUGUGUUUCUCCAAACUACGGCAACAAAGGAAGCACAGUUCACAGGGAGAAUCGGUUCCUUUCUCAGACGUGCUCGUGGUGCGUGUACCGAGCCUGUUGCAUUGUAGUCGACAGGUGAUAAUGUGAGGUGUCCUGUCCUUUAAGCCCCUGAUGUUAUGUUGCCCACCCGCAGCCCCCUUUAUCCCCCUUUUUCAGGCCUUAAUGGGAGAGCAGAGGUGUUUUUUGUCGCGCUCAGGCCAGUCUUGUUAGCGUUGUACAGGUAUCACAGCGUUAACUGAAAGGCUGUGUGUGUGUGGGCAGGGUACUCCCUUUAUGUGCUUUUUUGUUAUUUUCAAAUGCUGGUGAUUUUAAAGACGCCCCGCCCCUUCACCCCCCCACCACCACCCCCACCCUGCAGGUCCUGCGCAUUUGGCGGGUAUGUCAAGAAUAAGACUUUUUUUUUUCGCCCAGCAAACCCCACGUCUGUGCCUUCUGAUCAGUUUAUUUUUUUUCCUUUAAUUUUUUAUUUUAUGUUUUGUACGUUUUACAGUAAGUAGAGAAUUUUGACUGAGAAUUUGGCGAUUUGACAAACGUACAGAGACUCACAGGUAUUUAACUAUUUUUUAAGCGAGACAAAAAAAAAAAGAAACAUAUUUUUACCUCACGAUUUAAAAACAAACAUUCCAAUGUUGUCAUGGUCUACGAAUUGAGAAAAAAAAAAAAGAAAUUCAUGCAUUUCUUCUUGUAUUGUAAAUGUUAGACAAUUUCAUAUGCAUUAUAUAAAAGAAACUGCCAUAUCAAUUUUAAUGUAUAGAUUUUUGCAAAUACUACCCUAUGUAUGUAAGACGUAACUGUAUCGGUAGCGUAUAUAUAAUAUAUUUAUGCCCAAUAAAUGUUUUGAUUUUUUUUCUGAC